AUGGUGGCCUCCCCCGCCCCGUAUCGGCGCGGAUCCAGCCGCCAUCUCCCGCAGCAACGGCGGCCUCGCCCUGCUCCGCCCCCGCUCCUCCUCCUCCUCCUCCGCGCCUUCGCCUCGCUCCCCAUCCCGGCCGCCGCGAGAGGCGGCCUCGACCCGUCUCCCUCAGAGGCGGCAGCCCGCGCGCAGGGGGCUGCUCCGGCCAGCCCCUUCGACUUCUCCACCAUGAUGAACUUGCUGAAUGACCCGAGCAUCAAGGAGAUGGCGGAGCAGAUCGCCAAGGACCCGUCCUUCAGCGAGAUGCCCCGUAAAUCUACUUUUACAGUUCAUCUAAUUUACAUUUUUAUGUUAACUUUAGCAAUUAAUUUACCUCAAACAAGAUCUCUCCUUCACCGUGCCACCGGACAUGUCCGUCCGCCAUCGGACGCGUACACCGCCGCCGCCACGUCGCUCCAGCCAAUCGGCGGCCGCCACGUCACCACCGCCGCCGGUCUCCUCCAACCCGCGGCCGCCACCUGUCCCGCCGCUUCCCCGCACCGCAAGAGGCCCGUCGGGCCCGGAUCGGGCCCGCGGGGCCCAUCCCGCCGCUGCCGCCACCCGUGGGCACUGCCCCGCGCGCGCCUCCCCGCGACCCUCCGCCGGACUCCACCGCCGUCGCCAUCGCCGACGCCGCCGCCGGAGCAGCGCUCCUUCGACCCAGCCGUCGUUCGCCGCCUCCGCUGGCGCACGCCACCACUCCGCGCGCGUCUCACGCCCCGCCCCUUGUCGCCGAAGACGACCCUGGUCGCCGCCGCUGAGCCCCUCCGCCCCGCGUCAUCCCGUCGUCAACUCUCCACCUCCGGUCGCCGCUCCGCCGCCCAGCGGCGCGCGUCCCUCGCCGGAGGCCGCAGCCUCGUCGGAUCCGGGGAAGGUGGAUGA